AUGGAAGCACAACCGACUCCGACUCCGACCCCGGGGCCGGCGCCGGCGGCACCGGCAGUUUCGGCGGCACCGGCCGCAACGGCUGUAGCGCCCCCCGCAUCUAGUCUAUCACCGGUACAGGUGCAAACUCCGUCGCCAGGUAACCAGUCCGUUAACAAUGUGACGCAUUACCCAAACGGUCUCCCCCGCAGUAUCAAUGGACUUAAUGGGGAUGCAGCUAACAGUUCGGCACCGACGCCUUCGGCAAGAGGGUCUUCCGGUUCAACAACACCGGUUCAACCGGCAGCCGGGUCCCCGACCGCGACUGCAACCCCAGUAUUGGCGGCCCGAGCAGUGGCAGCAGUAGCAGCAAGUGCAUCGGCACCACCUCCAGGCCCUACUUCGACCCUACCACCCAUAGCCGCAAAACCACUCAAACCAAUGGUAAUAUAUACACCUUCGCAGCCGCAUCCGCAUUCGCAACCGCGUCAACCUUUGCAGCGCCAGCCUUCUGCAGGAUCGUCGCAUAAGUUUUCCAUCGUAGAUCCGCCCCGCACCUAUUCGCGACAGGGAAGCAACCCGCAGCCACCAAACAUCUCUGCUGCCCAAGGCUUCCCGUCUCCUCGAAGAGAACACCAUCUCGAGAACCCGAAGUUUGCCGAUGACUUAUCUCGCCUUACCCAUGCUAUGAAGCAAUCUGUUCCCGCUGCUGUGAGAAGGGUCAUUCGCGAUAAUUGGGAGAAGUGCCUACUUGGUUCAGAAUUCCACCACGCGUUCCUUUUGAACGCUGUUAUUCAUCACUCCAACGGAGUUAUAAUUCGACGGUCUAUUAAAGAUUUCGGUGCCAAAAUGGUGUCCGAAUCAAAGCACGAGAUUGUCUCGCACCUUUCAACUGCUGACCUGAAUGAAGUAGCCAAUGACGUACUCGAAAAGGCCAGCGACUACUUCUUAGAUCAGGCGCUGGAGAAGCGACUGAGGACCAUUGACGCGCGUUCUCUUAUCAACGCCCUCGCUCGCGCUGAGCGUCUUGGUUAUGAGAAUGGCGACGUACUCGAUGAGCAGAAAGAAAACAGGUCUAGAUUCAAUCCAGCACCUUUCGACCCAACCCCUCAAUCUAUACAAAGUACGCCUAUCUCGAAAUCGCAUAUUAAGUCUAAUAUGCCGGCACAGUCACAGGCAUUAGCACGUGGUCCCCUGCCUCCUCUCAACGUGUUGCAGUGUCCUCUGUGCUGGCGCAAGUUUGAUAAUUCACAGCCUUAUGAAUAUCAUGUUGCUAAUCGCGUAUGCGGUGAGCAUGGCACUAUGCCAGCAACGCCUAAAGGACCGGCGAACGCUGGAUCGCCUAUCGAAUCGGGCAACAGCAGUCCAGUUCAGCCUGCCUCUGUCCUAGCAUAUCCUCUAGGAACUCAGCAUAUGUUCCAUGCCACACCUUUAAUUACGGCACCUGUACAUCACCAGACGGUAUCGACUCCCAGAUCUCUGCCCAAGGAAGAGGAGCCGUAUGCCCAUUUGAAUCCUGCUACACGAGAAAGACUAGAAGAAGAACUAAGGCAUGCUGAAGUCACGUAUACCGCUCGCUUCAAAGAAGCAGAAGCGAUAGAAGACCCGGCCCAGCGAAAAUUCAAGGUCGAGGGUCUCCAGAAUAGCUUCAGCACUAAGCAGAGUAUUAUCAGGAAGAAGUACGGCGUCCGGCUUAGAAACCGGCGAACAAAGGCUGAGAUCGACAAUGAGCGUCAACGUAUGGGCUUCAAGCAUAGCAGUCCUGGCCAGACAGAGGGUACACCGAGCGCGAAGCGUCAACGAACUGACGACGGCCCUUCUUAUCCAAAUCCGCAGGCUCCUCUAAGCAGCAAUGGUCCCGUACCUAAGCGUAACCAUAUGCCUGUAGCAGAUAUGUCAGCUGGUUUAGGCGGAUCGAGCGCAACAGCAACCACCACUGACCCUACACGACUGAGCUCUUCUUCAGAGCAGCAGCAGCAGCAAAAGCCGUCUGCACAGAGCAGCUUUUCAUCAUUACAGCAGAAAGGUUACCGAGUCUCACCUCAUCGUACCCAAUCAACCGGGGUUUCCCCGACAGAUACCACAAUAGAAGGAUCUACCCCUCAACGAAGCGGCUCAGCCUCAGCCCCCGUAGCCGUGAAUGAUGAAGAUUCUUCGGAUACCGACUCGGACGAAGAUAUACCCGCGAGUCUACCGCCUCGCAGAGCUAGCAAUACGCCUUCGAGUUCGAAGGGUCUAGCAGGAUAG